AUGCAACUGUGAUUGCAUAUCCAACACGAAUGUCACAAUAUUAUAAUUCUCAAAUUUGUCCUUGUAUUCAAUCCCUUUUCUUAUAUUUCAAUCAAAAGGCAUCGUCUUCGCGUUCGAUUCUUCUCCGCUUCCGGCGAAUGGGCAUUAGGGUUCUGCGCCUGCUGGAGGCUCCCUUCGGCGUUUGAAUUGCUGGAAAGAGGAAGAGGAGAGGGAAAGUUUGUCCGAGGGAGCUCAAAGGGUUGAAGAGAAGCCGACUGUUUUGAAAGUCAACUCAUUCAAGAUACGUUUUCUUAACUGUUACAGUUGAUUGGUAAUUUUUGAAUACAUAACCUUUAUUUAUAAUCCUUUCCCAUCCUUCUGCAUCUUCCAUUACAGUCAUCAACUUUUCUUAUGGUAUUAUUCUCACAGGGAAGAUACACUUUUUUUAGGUUUCCCAUUUGAAAGAACUCAAGGGCUUCUUUUGGUCUUCAUAUUUAUUUAUAUCAUUUUAUACAGGAACUUGGCUUUCUAAUACUCUAAACAUGUUGACAUGUAGCUUGUAAAACUUUAAAUAUUGUAAUUGUAUCUAUUCUGUUCUACUCUGCUCCAUUAAUUCAAAUCUAUUUCUCUCUUUUGCAUCUCCAUGUUUUUCCAUUUCAUUGCCAUUCUGUCUUAGCUAUGCAUGUUACAACAUAUUUUGUUGUAUUAUUUUCAGUUUUGCCUUCCGCUUCCAUCUAUAUAUAGGUCAUAUUGGAAACUCAUUGAGUUGCAAGCAUAAAAAGUUCAAAAAGCAUGACCUCUCCAACUGCACAGUUUGUCACCUCAAGAAGGUUGGGUCUAUAUGAACCGAUCCACCAGAUUAGCAUGUGGGCAGAUUUCAAAGGUAAUGAAUUUCCAAAUGCAUCUGUAUCUAUGUUCGAUGAGGUGCUCACAGAGCUCAACAACCAGUCAGAAGAUAAUUCCCGAGGAACACUAGGACUACCUUCAAAAAAGUUUGACCAAGAAGCAGCUAAACCUGCUGAGAAGGUACUUAGGCGUCUUGCACAGAACCGUGAGGCUGCUCGCAAGAGUCGGUUACGAAAAAAGGCUUAUGUUCAGGAGUUAGAAACAAGUCGUGCGAAAUUGAUUCAAUUGCAAGAAGAGCUAGAACGCAUUAGACAACAGGGUCUGUAUAUAGGUGGUGGAUUAGAUACUAGUCAUCUAGGGUACUCUGCAAAAUCAGGUAUUAUGGCAUUUGAGAUGGAGUAUGAGCAAUGGCUGGAAGGACAAGAUAAGCAAGUUUGUGAUUUAAAGACUGCUAUGAAUUCUCAUCUAGUUGAUAUGGAGCUUCGCAUCCUUGUUGAUGAUGCCAUGCAACACUAUUUUCAUCUAUUUGACAUGAAAGCAAAUGCUGCAAAGGCUGAUGUCUUGUAUAUUAUGUCUGGCAUGUGGAAGACAUCUGCUGAACGCUUUUUCUUAUGGAUUGGAGGGUUUCGACCUUCAGAGGUUCUAAAGGUUCUUUGGCCACAGCUUGACCAGUUGACCGAACAACAAAAGUUCGAAAUCCAUAACCUUAGACAAUCAUGUCAGCAAUUGGAAGAUGCUCUUACACAUGGUCUGGAUAAACUCCAGCAAACUGUGUCUGAGGCUGCAUCAGCUGGUCAACUGGGUGACGGAGGUUACAUCCCACAGGUGAUGACUGCAGUGGAGAAUUUGGAAGCUUUGGCUAGCUUUGUGGCUCAGGCAGAUCAUCUUCGCAAGGAAACGCUGCAACAGAUGUCUCGCACCCUAGACACCCGCCAGGCAGCUCGGGGCCUGGUUGCCCUCGGAGAGUACUGCCAGCGCCUUCGGGCUUUGAGCAUGCUUUGGGCUGCUCGUCUUCACGAGCCUGCCUAGUCGUUAAGGGAAGAAACCAGAUUCAAGUUUUGGCGCAUAACCACGUACCGGUGGAAAUCAUAUGGGCCAGCAGCCCAUAUAUGAGAUCGCUUGUAAGCUUCAAUCAGUCCUAUGUAUGAACAUAAUCCAGUCCCUCCUGCCUGCUGCUGCUGCUGCUGGUGUUUGUGGUGCGGCCUCCCCGUCCUCCCUACCAAUUGAGAAGUUGUAUAUAGGAAUGCCUAUUUUUAUGAAUAAGACGUGUUUGUUUGUGAAUUUAGUUUACAGUGCUUGUGGGUUACUUAUACCUUUUUUUUUUUUUUUUUUGUUGUUGUUGAGAAGGCCUGGUUCUAAAUAGAGUGCCUUUAGAUGGAACUCAAAUCAUGUAAAUUACAUGUUAUAAAA